AUUUGCACGAACAACUAAGGGGGCGGUCUGGCACUGGCCCGUUUGGAAAAGUCACCAGAAAUGUCAGUUAGCAAGUGGAAAUCACCGGAAAAACUACGCAACGCGGCAAAAACCAAAGCGACAAUCGGCAAGCGGCAAACAGUAUCAAACGCUAACGACAGCAGAGCAGCAACACCAGCAGCGCGUCGGCAGCGGGUCGGGCAGCUGAAUGAAGUGAAGAGUAAAAGAAUGCACGAAUGCGAAACGCGACAGCAGCGGCGGCGGCGAAUGCUGAUAACAAAGAGUGCGGCGCGUUAAUAACAAUAACAACAAAAAGUCGCGCGUUUAAUUAACAGACAGCCAAAGCAAUAGCAGCAGCGGCAGCGCAGUCCACGUUAACGCUAACGUCAACGUCGCGUGUGUGGGAGUUUACAGUUUCAUCAGAGAGAGAGAAAGGAGAGAGCAUAAAACUGAUAAAAACUGCAUUUGAUUGCAAUUUUGGCGGCAUUUGCAAACCGGACGGCGGCGAACGCGCAACGCAAAAAGAAAUCAAUAAAAAACAAAACAACCAAACGGUUCCCACAAGGAAACAAUGAAGUGCAAUACUAGUUGAACCCAUUAUAUUGUAAACACAAACUCCAAAACUCAAUGCAUAACUUUAAGUAAUUGAUAAACAUAAAUAAGCAACCGUUCCGUUCCGUGCCGUGCUAAUGCAAAACGUAUACGACCCACAGAUAAAUCUGUUAACUUAACUUAAGUGCAAUAACAACUUAAUCAAUCCAACGAACUACAUAUACGAGAAUUUCCUGGAAUUCUUUUCUUUCGAAAACCGUCAACAAUAAAAGCUGAGAGACUUGGCAAGCCUUUAAGCUACCGUUACAAACAGGAACAACGACAUACGCUUGGGAAACUCGAUGAUUGCCUAGCCUAAUUCUAGACUGGUUUAUUGAGUGCAGCUACCAUAAAACAACAAGCCAAAAAAGAAGAGCUGAAAAAAAGAAAAGAACGCUGAGCAAAUUUUGUAUUGACAGUCGAAUCAUAAUAACAACGCAAGCGACAAGGAAAAUAACAACGGAAUGGAAAAAAUGCUAGGCCACGCCGAUUGUCAAGCGUUGACAAUUUGACGCUGAAGUGUGAGCACAAAAAAUCCUUGAAACAUUUCGCUUUUCUCCAAGCGUAAACGAGGGAGAAGCGAGUGAAGGAGAGAGAGUGAGCUACACAAAGGAGAGAUUUCAGGGCUCAACACACAUACAAAAAGCUAACAGCUACGCACAAAAUGAAACACAAUAUGCAUCUGGCAACGCUGCUCGGACUGGUGGCAACUCUUUUAUUUGCCAGCCAUUGCUCCGUUCAAGCGGACAGUCCACAACACAUGACGGACAAUGGAGGAGGUCACAUGGGUGGCAUGGGCAUGGGAUCUCACAUGAUGGAGGUGAGUCCGGCGCCUGGCUAUGGCGUUCCCGCCAUACCCAAAGAUCCCAAUUCCCGCUGUGAGGAGAUUACGAUACCCAUGUGCCGAGGCAUUGGCUACAACACGACAUCGUUCCCCAACGAAAUGAAUCACGAAACGCAGGACGAGGCGGGCUUAGAGGUGCAUCAGUUCUGGCCUCUGGUAGAGAUCAAGUGCUCGCCCGACUUGAAGUUCUUCCUAUGCAGCAUGUACACGCCCAUCUGCCUGGAGGACUAUCACAAGCCGCUGCCCGUGUGUCGCAGUGUGUGUGAGCGUGCCAGAUCUGGAUGUGCUCCCAUCAUGCAGCAGUACAGCUUCGAGUGGCCCGAACGCAUGGCCUGUGAGCAUUUGCCCGUACACGGUGAUCCCGACAAUCUUUGCAUGGAACAGCCUUCGUACACGGAGGCAGGCAGCGGUACAGGAGGAGGAGGCGGCGGCGGCAGUGGAGGAAGCGGCUCUGGCUCGGGAUCGGGUGGCAAGCGAAAGCAGGGAGGCUCCAGUGGCUCCGGUGGCUCCUCAUCCACGGCGAACAAGUGCAAGGGAAAGAAUUCAAAAAACUGCCAAAAUCCCCUAGGAGAAAAGGCAAACGGAAGGGAGUGCACCUGCUCAUGCCGUUCGCCUCUAAUCGUCCUGGGGAAGGAGCAGCUAAUGCAGCAGUCGCCAAUGCUUCAUCAUCACUGGUACAUGAACCUGACUGUACAAAGGAUCGCCGGCGUACAAAACUGCGCCAUCCCAUGCAAGGGUCCGUUCUUCACAAACGACGAAAAGGACUUCGCCGGCCUGUGGAUCGCCCUGUGGUCGGGUCUAUGCUUCUGCAGCACUCUCAUGACCCUAACCACAUUCAUCAUCGACACCGAAAGGUUUAAGUACCCGGAGCGACCCAUUGUCUUCCUAUCCGCCUGCUAUUUCAUGGUCGCCGUCGGUUAUCUAUCGCGCAACUUCCUCCAGAACGAGGAGAUUGCCUGCGAUGGACGUUUGCUGCGUGAGAGCUCGACGGGUCCGCACUCCUGUACACUGGUCUUUUUGCUCACCUACUUCUUUGGCAUGGCCUCCUCCAUUUGGUGGGUCAUCCUCAGCUUCACCUGGUUUCUGGCCGCUGGACUGAAGUGGGGCAAUGAGGCAAUUACCAAGCACUCGCAGUAUUUCCAUCUUGCGGCCUGGUUAAUACCCACAGUCCAAUCGGUUGCGGUUCUCCUGCUCUCCGCUGUCGAUGGUGAUCCCAUUCUGGGCAUUUGCUAUGUGGGUAAUCUCAAUCCGGAUCAUCUGAAGACAUUUGUGCUGGCGCCUCUAUUCGUUUACCUUGUCAUUGGCACCACCUUCCUCAUGGCCGGAUUCGUGUCGCUCUUCAGAAUCCGCUCGGUGAUCAAGCAACAAGGUGGCGUCGGCGCCGGCGUCAAAGCUGACAAAUUGGAGAAACUCAUGAUACGUAUCGGCAUCUUCUCCGUGCUCUACACAGUGCCAGCGACCAUUGUCAUCGGCUGUUAUCUGUAUGAGGCCGCCUAUUUUGAGGACUGGAUCAAGGCUCUAGCCUGCCCCUGUGCCCAGGUCAAGGGGCCAGGCAAGAAGCCCCUCUACUCAGUCCUCAUGCUCAAGUAUUUCAUGGCCUUGGCCGUGGGCAUCACCUCGGGUGUCUGGAUCUGGUCGGGCAAGACCUUAGAGAGCUGGCGACGUUUCUGGCGGCGCCUGUUUGGAGCGCCAGAUCGCACAGGCGCUAACCAGGCACUGAUCAAGCAAAGGCCACCGAUUCCCCAUCCAUAUGCGGGCUCUGGUAUGGGCAUGCCCGUAGGAUCGGCAGCGGGAUCUCUGUUGGCCACUCCCUAUACGCAAGCAGGUGGUGCCUCUGUGGCAUCCACCAGCCAUCAUCAUUUGCACCACCACGUUCUGAAGCAGCCAGCGGCCAGUCAUGUAUGACAUGGAGAGUCGGGAGGAGCAUCAACCAUGGGUGGCGGCAGCGUGCUGGGUGGUCACGGCACACUGAUGAGCACGGCGGGCAUGAGCAAUAGUACGGUCGGCGGUGGCGGUAUGUCUGGCAUGGGAGCUCCUCCUGGCAGCUUAUUACAAGGCGGUGGCGCCAAUGGUGGCGCACCCGGAAAUGUUUACGGCAAUGUCAAUGGUGGUGGUGGUGGUGGAGUUGGUGGAGUUGGUGGUGCUGUCGGCGGUGGACAAAGUACAGCGCCUGGUUCGGUUAUCGAUUCGCGAGCUGUAUCCGUGGUGGUAACUCUGCCCGGCGGGCCGGGCUCUCAGCAUCCGGGGCAGGCGUUGAGCGACUACGGUCCCAUAUAGUUAAUGGUACGCCCGGACAACGCGCACUGGGUCUCAACGAGUAGCUUCAGUCAGCUGUAAGAGAGCAGUCUCCCCUUUUAACAUCAUAGUCUCCGUCUCUGUCUCUGUCUCUGUAUUUGUCUCUGUCUCUCUUCUUAACUGUCUACCUGUCUCUUUCUCAGAGGUUUAAAAGCAACGCCAUAUUAAUUAUUUGUAGUUGUAGUUUGUUUAAAGAAAGCGUAAAACAGAUUUUUAACUAAUUGCAUAACAAUUCUAGUCGGAAAAACCUUUGAAUAUGUAUCAACCACAACAACAACAUCGACAAAGAGAGCAAGCGAGCAAAGAGCACAACAGGGUAGAAGAGAUUGAGAGUAGUUAUCUCGCUUUAACAGCAAGAUGAGCCCACAUGUAAGAAAACUGGCGCGUUUGUUCUGCAGUCCCCCAUUUAAGCAACUUUCUUUGGUUCUUUCCAAUAAUUUCUUUAACGAAAUAGACUGAGAAAACAAAACGAUAAGUAAAUACUUACAUUACAGAUAGAAAUCGAACGAAAAUUCAAAGAGAGCUAAGCGAAAACUCUGCCCACACUGCCAAGUCAGAGCCACGAGCCAUAUUUCGAAAUUACAAGUAACUUUUAAUCAAACAACCUAAACUAUUAACCUUAACCUAAACAUAAACAUAAACAUAAACCUAAACCUUAUCCUUAAACAUAGAGAAAAACACACACACAUUUCGAAUUCGCAUUGAUAGCCAAAUGCAUUUUUGCGAUUAGUAAGGGUUGUCGCAGUAUCAAAAAUCAAAAGAGAUCGAGCGCACAGUGUUGCAAAACCAUUUGUAAAUUAUUUAAUCUAACUUAAGGCAUUAUCCAGCACUAUUUUUUGUACAUAUUUUCAAAUUGCGCUUAGUUUGUAAACGAUUUUUUAACUUAACAUCCUAAACUAAACUAAAAACUAAACUAUACAAAUAGAAAUAUGAGGACAUAAAAGUAAUUUGCAUUUUAGCGUCACAGGCAGCGCUGCAUUUAAGCUCAAAAACUGAAUUUAAUUUUUACAAAAAUUUCCCAAAAUUCAAAAAAAAAUACAAAAACACAGAAAUAAAAACAGAAGGUGUAUGAAAAAAUGGCCAACUUCAGCUGCAGCCAAACGCAGGGCAUUUUUGCAUUUAAAAAGCAAAGGAUAAUUGUAUAAAGUAAAAAUUUAUAUAAUAGUAUUAAAUAAAUGUAACGUUAGUUGUAAACGAAACCCAAUUCAAAAAAUAUCUUUCAAACAUUAAGAACUAUUGUAUUUUUAUUUAAUUUUUGAAUAAAUAUAUAUAUAUUAAUACAUAUAAAUAAAUUAUGUAAUGAAAAGCGACAAUUUAACUGUUGGCAUUUUGAAACCCAUUUCACAUACGAAACAAAACAUAAGAAUUAUAUAAUAAAUUACAUAAUACAAUGUAGCAACUAUGUGUGUAAUGUUUUAGCAACUAUAACUAUUUCUAUAAACAAAA